CAUCUGAACUGCUUAGAGAAAACCAUGAGCUCUGAAAGACACCAUAUUGCUCUGUGAUGUCACCUCUGGAAUGUUCUGAGUGUUUUGGUGACCAGCUUAUGCAUAGGACCUAUACCUGGCACCUCACAUUGCACUCGAGGCCAAAUUUUACAAGAAAGAGAGAUACCAGAUCUGAGAGCCUAGAAAUUCCAAUCAAUGUGAUUCUACCUCAGAGGGGCACUGAGCCCUUCCUGAGGCUCCACAACCUGUACAGCACUCCUCGCUGCUCCAGGCAGGCUACCUUGCCUCGGAUGAGCCGCAGGGUAGCCAGCCAGCACUCCUACCCACUCAAUCGCUUCUCUUCUAUGCCCUUUGACCCCAUGGAGCGCCCCACCUCUCAGGCCGACCUGGAACUAGACUACAACCCUCCCCGCGUGCAGCUCAGCGACGAGAUGUUUGUCUUCCAGGAUGGGCGCUGGGUGAACGAGAACUGCCGCAUGCAGUCACCUUAUUUCUCUCCCUCCACCUCCUUCCACCAUAAACUGCACCACAAGAGGCUGGCCAAGGAAUACCUGCUGCAGGAAGAGAACAAGUCUCUUCGGGAUGAGAACAGGGCCCUAAGGGAUGAGAACAAGGCCCUCCGCAAGGAGAACAAGAUCCUACAGGUCUUUUGGGAAGAGCACAAGGUUACUUUGGGCCACGAGGAGAGUCAGACCUCCUCGCCAUUGCUGCACAAGGACACAACCUCCCAGGAAGUGGUGAAGAAAGACAACACCACUUUGCCUGCCCAGCGUAGCAAAGAGAAUACCCUACAGCUCAUUCGAGAGGAAAACCGGGCCCUCCAGCAGUUGCUGGAGCAGAGGCAAGCCUACUGGGCCCAGGCAGAAGAGAGUGCAACUUCCACUGAGGAGGGGAAGUCUACCUCUGUACCCAAGGAGGAGUCCCAUAACUCAGGGCUUCUGCCAGAUCAGAGCCCAAACCACUCCUCCCACUUUGAGGAGCCCAAAGGCCCCCCCACAACACAGGAGGCCUCGAAGACACUGCGCGCCCUGAGGGAGAUGGUUAAUAACUUGUCUGGGCCAUCUGGAGAAGAGGAUGGCAAAGUAGGCCCUAACCUAACUGACAGCGCUCAACCCCUGCAGCUGCUGAGAGAGAUGAACCAGGCGCUCCAGGCCCUGCGGGAGGAGAACCGGCUGCUGCAGGAGGAGAACAGGGCUCUGCACGUCCUGCGUGAGGAGCAUCGCGUCUUCCAGGAGGAGAACAAGGCCCUGUGGGAGAACAACAAGUUGAAGCUGCAGCAGCGACUGGUCAUCGACACGGUGACUGAGGUCACAGCCCGUAUGGAGAUGCUUAUUGAGGAGCUGUAUGCCUUCAUGCCAGCCAAGAACAGCAAAGAUCCCAAAAAGCCCAGCAGGAUCUGAGGCCUUGGCAGCAGACACAGACACCAAGACCAGGCCAGAGAGAAUCCUCAACCUUCCUUUGUCUUCCUUAAGUUGGCCCAUCAGUAUGUGCCUGUGGAACAGCGGAGAAAGGGCCAUCCUACACCCUAGACACAAUAAAGGCAGAGGAAGCUGGGGCCAGCCAACACCA